AUACUUCAGUGGAAUUAGGCCGUAUUGUAUAUAAUAACAUAAAGUAGUCCGUAUAAGAAUUACAUUGACUUGACGCGGUUAUUAUAUUUGUGGGAUUAUUGCAUACGAUUUUAAAGUGAAAGUAAGAAAUAUGUCGGAUAGUGUGAAAAAAUUAAGGAGGCGAGAUUCCAACUUGAAAGAAUGGCAAGAUGGCCUUGAACAACUUCUGGCAUCUGGAAUGGAAGACUUUGAGGAGAAAUUAUUUAGCUUCUUGUGUGAUCACAAUGGCCUUGUUUCUAUGGACAGGUUCAAUAAUCUUCUCGAAGAGACUGGUUUACGGGGGACAGAUUUUCGUUUAAAAGAAACGAUGACAAAGUUCCGGGCGGUUCUAGAGAGGCAACUGCAUAAUGAAAAUGAACUGAGAGGAUUGGUGGACAAAGAAAUAUUCCUCGACUGCGUGUCCGACAACAUUGUUGUUAUAUCAAAAGCACUGACCAGCCAGUUUGUGAUACCGGAGUUCAAGCCUUUUACAGACAUUAUAGAUAAAAUAUUCGAGUCGUGUAAAGAAAAUCUCCUCGGUCUGCCUGCUCAAUAUAUACCACAACUUGCACGGGGAAAUCCGAAACACUGGGGCGUCUCAAUUUGUACAGUAGAUGGCCAAAGAUAUGACUUAGGAGAUACGAACAUACCAUUUUGUCUGCAGUCUGUUGUAAAACCAUUGAACUACGCUUUGACGUUAAAUGAUCUAUCCCCAGACGUGGUCCACAAAUACGUGGGUCAGGAACCCAGUGGGAGAUCAUUCAACGAGCUAACACUCGAUUAUCAACAUAAGCCCCACAAUCCAAUGAUUAAUGCAGGCGCUAUUGUGAUUUCUUCAUUGCUAAAGAAGGGAUUGGUUAUUGCUGAUAGAUUUGAUUACGCAAUGGAUGAGUUACGUCGGUUAGCAGGUCAGGAACACGUUUCUUUCAAUAAUUCAGUUUACCUAUCUGAGAGAGCUACAGCUGACAGAAAUUUUGCUUUGGGUUAUUACAUGAGAGAAAACAAUUGUUUUCCUCCAGAAGCAGAUCUUGUUGAAACUCUCGAAUUCUACUUUCAACUGUGCUCCAUAGAAGUUACAGCACAAUCCGGUGCUGUUAUAGCCGCCACUCUGGCUAACGGUGGGAUUUGCCCUACAACUGGAGACAACGUGCUCGAUCCUCAGGCUGUACAGAACACAUUGUCACUAAUGCAUUCCUGUGGCAUGUAUGAUUAUUCCGGACAAUUUGCAUUUAAGGUUGGGCUACCUGCAAAGUCUGGGGUAGCUGGAGGUGUAUUGUUGGUGAUUCCCAAUGUAAUGGGGAUCUUCACCUGGUCCCCACCGCUAGAUCAGUGGGGAAACAGCAGUAGAGGGGUACAGUUCUGUGAGGAACUAGUAGAAAAUUUCAAUUUCCACAACUAUGACAAUUUGAAACACACCAAUAAGAAGUAUGAUCCCCGAGGUCGUGCAGUGGAGUCCAAGGCGCAAGAUGUUGUCAAUUUACUCUUCAGUGCUUACAAUGGUGACGUCACUGCCAUGAGAAGGUAUGCUUUGCUCGGCAUGGAUAUGUCUUUGGCAGACUAUGACGGUAGAACGGCUCUCCAUCUUGGGGCAGCUGAAGGUCACGAACCAAUUGUCCGAUUCCUGGUUGAAAAAUGCAAAGUGAAUGCUCAUCUGAAGGACAGAUGGGAUUUCACGGCUUAUGAUGACGCCAAACGAUUCAAGCAUGACAACAUCGCAGAAAUUCUUGCAGAUUAUAUGAAAACAAAUCCGAAACCAGCAGAUGGAAAAUCUUUUUCUUCUUCUGUUCAGGAAGUCAACACAUUCAUGUCCAAAUUAACCACAUAGAAUUUGUUAAGCAUAUUAUCUCUCUGAAAGAGGAAAAUGGGCCAAUGUUAUACACGAUGUAUGCGUUCGACAAUUGAGUCGUGUCGCGACAAAACCAACAUAAUGGCUUUGCGACCAGCAUGGAUCCAGACCAGCCUCCGCAUCCGCGCAGUCUGAUCAGGAUCCAUGCUGUUCGCUAUCAGUUUCUU